GUCAGUAUGAUAGUCCACUGACUUGUAACAAGGCCCUACUCCGUUGCGGGACUGCUCCAUCGCGACAUACACCGCCUUAUAAGUUAUAUUUACAUUGGCCAGCCACAGCGCAGCUCUUCAAAACUCACUCUGACCCCCAGAGCUGGAUCUGACUCCUUUAUCUCCCUUUUCCGCUCACAAGCAGGCCUUGUAACAGGAUUGACAGGCUCAGUCUUGCUAUUAUUUCUCCGUCUCAUUGAUCGCGAGCUAGUCUUGAUCCAAGUUGUUGCGAGACCAUCUGUUGCAGUUACCUGAACGUUGCUUAUUCGUCCUGACUUCUGUUAAAAUGGCAUUGAGUCCUCCCAAGUAUGAUGGUAUAAUGCGACCUGCAUUACCCCUUUGGUCCAGCCCCAAGACCAGGAAGAAUGAGGUGGUGGUGGAACUAUCGCAUACUCAGCCUCCUCCCCUAUUUCCUAUGGGGUUGCAAAACUAUGUUUCUCCCCAUAUGUGGGAGACUCGUGUACGUGCUGUCACGCGCAUGGCCUCCCAGUAUUCCAAACCAGUGCUGGAAAGAUCCUGGAUGUUCGUAGCUAUGAUCUUGACAUUUAUCGCUCCAAUCGUGGCUUACUACGACUACAUUCAUCAAUUUGAUAAUGAGCAAAUCGACGAGGAUCGUCAAAAUCAGGUCAUCUGGCAGGCUAGGCUCAUAGCCCUCCUUGUUACAGUUGGUCUUUGGAUCGUCAUGUUUUUGCCAAUUGUCAUCUGGAAAUACGUGGGUCGUGUGCGAGUAAACAAGAUGGUUGAUCGCUGGGCUAAGGAUGAUAUCCGAUCUGCUUCAUCCUAUGCGGCUAUUCCCACCUGGAAAGUCACCAUGCCCGGCAUGUUUAGGGACGGGAUUGUCCUGGCUGUCUCCUUCCCUGCGUCACCUAGCAGCUUUGAACUUGAGAAUUUGCCUCCGUAUAUCGCCCCUCCCUCUGAUGCUGCGCCGUCCUACGAGGCUGCCAAACGGUUCUCGGGUCUCCAGGGGGAUGGUAAAUUUGGCGAGAUCCCGCUUUACAGUGAUGCCAAGGAGAUUGCGGCGUAGAUAGCCACACUAGAUACCGUAGCUAGGCUGAGACUUGAGCUUGAACAAUAGAAUGCAGGUCAUUCUCAAUGAAA